UGUGUUUCAGUAGGACGUUAAUGAUUGGUGCACACGCAGCCAUCACCAAAACAACAAGAAGUCGCCUUCACGAGUUGCUGUUGUAACUCUCAGAAGACGCUAUUGUACUCCUCUCUAGUGCACGUGGCCAAUGAGCAGCUGAUUGGUCAUCAAGAAGAAUGUCCCCUCAUCCACAGGGUGGGAGCUCCACUUUGGAUCACAUGGAGCGACAACCGAUUAAAGAGGAGGAGCCACAGCCACCCCAUAUUAAAGAGGAAGAGGAGGAGCCACAGACCCCCUAUGUGAAAGAGGAAGAGGAGGAGCCACAGCCCCCCCACAUUAAAGAGGAAAAGGAGGAGCCACAGCCCCCCUAUGUGAAAGAGGAAGAGGAAGAACUCUGGAUCACUCAGGAGGGAGAGCAUCUUCUAGGGCCAGAGGAGGCUGAUCUCACCAGGUUGCCACUGACUGGUGUCUCUGUGAAGACAGACGACCAUGAAGACAAACCACCUGAGUCCUCACAGCUUCAUCAUAGUCCAAGUGAGGAGAUGAGAGAGGCGGAGCCUUCAUGCAGCAGCUCACUGCAACACAUGACAACAGAAGCUGAUGGAGACCACUGUGGAGGAUCACAAGCAGACAACCUCUUAGCUCCACUGUCAGAUAGUGACGACACGACGUCACACUCUCCUGAAGAUGAAGACAGCGACUACAACCAAGAAUCUCUGAGCAGCGAUACAGACUGGGAAGGUGAUAUGACGACUCACACUGGCAACAAACACUCUGAAAGCUCGAAAAAGAAGACAACUAAACCUUUUAACUGCUCCGUUUGUCAGAAAGGAUUUUCUCUGAAGAGUGAUUUGACUCGACACAUGAGAACACACACAGGAGAAAAACCUUUUAGUUGCUCAGACUGUGGUAAAUGCUUCAAUUUAAAGGCACACAUGCAAUCACACAUGCAAUUGCACACAGGAAAAAAACCCUUUCGUUGCUCAGACUGUGGUGAAUGCUUCACUCGAAAGUCAACCAUGCAGUCACACAUGAGAACACACACAGGAGAAAAACCUUUUAGGUGUUCAGACUGUGGUACAGGCUUCACUCAAAAGUCAACUUUGGCUCGACACCUAAGAACGCACACGGGAGAAAAACCUUUCAGUUGCUCAGACUGUGGUAAACUCUUUGCUUCUAAGACAAACAUGCAAAUACACAUGAGAACACACACGGGAGAAAAACCUUUUAGUUGCCCAAAGUGUGAUAAAGGCUUUUCUCAGAAGUCUGCUUUGGAAUUACAUGUAAGAGCACACAAAGGAGAAAAACCUUUUAGUUGCUCGGACUGUGGUAAACGCUUCACUCGUAAGACAACCAUGCAUUCACACUUGAGAACACACACAGACAAAAAAGCGUUUACUUGCUCAAAUUGUGGUAAGACAUUUUCUUGGAAGUGCGCUUUGAGAAGACACAUGCAGAGGCACUGAUGGUUGACUGCAGUGGUCUGCAACCUGCGGCUCCUGAACAGACUCUUCAGCCUCUUUGUUGUGGUUUCUUUUGGAAUACUCAAAUUUUGUACUUUUGUCAUUAGUUUUUUUUUUUUAAUCCUACUUUUUGUGAGACAGUGAACGCAUCCUGGCUGAGUUCUGACUGGCACAUAUAGACAAACAACCUAUGGACAAUUUGGAGUCGCCAAUUAACGUAGCAUGUUUUGGAAUGUGCGAGGAAACCGGAGCACUUGGAGAAAAACCACGCAUGCACAGGGAGAACAUGCAAACUCCACACAGAGAUGGCCGUGGUUGGAAUUGAACUCAGGCCUCUUAGCUGUGAGGCCUGCGCGCUAACCAUUUACCUCUUACCCUACUUUGCCUACUUUUUGUUAGAUAUCAUGUGCAUAGCAAAGCUCCUAUUUCAUACAUCGGACAAUAAAUAUAU